GCUCACCUUGUCAUAUGCAACCAUCCUCGCAAGCCGUUCCCGCAUCCCAGCUAUACACCAAGUUGAAGCGGGUGGGAAAAGGCGCAUAUGGUUCGGUAUACAAAGGUCUUGACAAUAAGUCAGGGAAGGUGAUUGCAAUCAAGAUUUUGAAUCUUGACACUGCCGAAGACGAUGUCACAGAUAUCCAAAAAGAGAUUACCCUCCUCUCAGACCUUACACGCUCUGGAUCUGUCAAUAUUACUCCAUAUCAUGGAUGUUUCCUGAACAAAACGAAGCUUUGGAUUAUCAUGGAUUUUGCCGCAGGAGGGAGCGUUCUAAAACUAAUGAAGGCUGGCAAAAUUGAAGAAAAGUAUAUAGCCGUAAUUGCGAGGGAAGUCUUAAUGGCUUUGAGAUAUCUGCACAAAAACAAAAUCAUACAUCGCGAUAUCAAAGCUGCAAAUAUAUUGUUGACUGACGAAGGAAAUAUCCAAUUAUGUGAUUUUGGCGUCGCUGGUCAGACAUCGAUGAAUUGCUUGAAACGUAAUUCCUUUGUGGGAACACCCUAUUGGAUGGCUCCAGAGGUCAUACGGGAAGGAGCGUUGUAUGAUUUUAAGGCCGACAUUUGGUCCUUUGGUAUAACUAUUUACGAGAUUGCGACCGGCAACCCUCCGUUAGCAAAUCAUCAUCCAAUGAAAGCUAUUAUCCUGAUACCUCGGUCAAAACCACCGCAACUAGAAGGACAAUUCUCGGCAGCAAUCAAAGAAUUUGUGGAACAGUGUGUGAAUGAAGACCCAGAUGAGGUACGAUGAUAGUUGUAGCCUCACUGCCAAAAUACCGUUUUAUUUAAACUAUUAUAAUAAUCAUUUUUAUUUAGCGACCGAGUGCAGAUGACCUUCUCAAAUCCAAAUUUAUACG